ACCAUUUUUAUGUGGUGUGGGAAGAAACUGGAAUCUUCAAGAAGUCCAAGGAGGCCUCAGAGACUCCUAACGUUUUAGAAAAGGAAUGGGGAGACCUGGGGAAGCAGGGGUGGGGGUGGGGUUCCCUGUAACUACCUCUCAGCCUUGCCACUUUCUAGAUGGUUCCUCAGGCUGUGCCUCAACUUCCCCAUCAGCACAGCAGGGAUGCUGGCGGUCAUGUGGACACCUCCUGGGGGGGGGGUCUGUGAAGAUGAACCAGGUUAAUCCCAGGAUCUCUAGCCUGGAGCAGAGCUGGGGAGCAUGCUGGGGCCUGUACUGCUGGCAGGGGGCUGAGUCUGAGGCUAAUGAGCAGGUGAGGCCACAGCACAGACGGAGGCUGAGCUCAGCGUCUGCUCUCUGUGGAAAUGGCCGAGCCUGGGUCUCAGUGCCACACCGCUGGACCCUUACUGCUGCUGCUGCUGCUGCUGCUACCACCCCAGACCCUGCUGGAGGGGCCCCUGCUGUUUGUGGCUCUGGUGCGCAGCCUCCCACUCCACCUGACUCACUCUCUACCUCCCAGACCAACCCUGACCUGGUUCUCCAACAUCCCCAGGUGUUCCGUCAUGGCGACCGGGCCCCACUGGCCUCCUACCCCACAGACCCACACAAGGAAGCUGCCUCCACCUUGUGGCCUCGAGGCCUAGGCCAGCUGACCAAGGAGGGGAUCCGCCAGCAGCUGGAGCUUGGCCGAUUCCUGAGGAGGCGGUACAAGGCCUUCCUGAGCCCAGAGUUCCGGCGUGAAGAGGUGUAUAUCCGCAGCACAGACUUUGACCGCACACUGGAGAGUGCACAGGCCAACCUGGCCGGGCUGUUCCCCGAGGCUGCCCCUGGAAGUCCCGAGGCUGACUGGAAGCCCAUUCCAGUGCACACAGUGCCCGUGUCUGAGGACAAGUUGCUGAGGUUUCCCAUGCGCAGCUGUCCUCGAUACCAUGAGCUGCUGCGGGAGUCCACAGAGGCAGCUGACUACCAGGAGGCCCUGGAGGGCUGGACGGACUUCCUGACCCGCCUGGGCAACUUCACGGGGUUGUCACUGGUUGGAGAACCACUCCGCAGGGCAUGGAAAAUUUUGGACACACUCAUCUGUCAGCGUGCCCAUGGCCUCACCCUUCCAUCCUGGGCCUCCCCAGACGUCCUGAGGACUCUGUCACAGAUUUCAGCUCUGGAUAUCAGGGCACAUGUGGGCCCACCCAGGGCAGCCGAAAAGGCCCAGCUGACAGGGGGGAUUCUGCUGGAUGCCAUCCUCAGCAAUUUCUCCCGGGCCCAGCGCCUGGGGCUGCCCCUCAAGAUGGUCAUGUACUCAGCUCACGACAGCACCCUGCUGGCCCUCCAGGGGGCCUUAGGCCUCUACGAUGGGAACACCCCGCCUUAUGCCGCCUGCAUGGCCUUUGAGUUCCGGGGGAGCUCCAGAGACCCUGAGGAGGAGGAUGGAGAGAAUGUCACCGUCUCUCUCAUCUACCGAAAUGACACCUCCCGCCCGCCCCUGCCACUCAGGGUCCCUGGGUGCCCAGCCCCCUGUCCACUUGGGCGCUUCCAGCAACUGACUGCUCCAGCCAGGCCUCCAGCUCACGGGGCCCCCUGCCAUGGUUCCUAUGAGCCUACCAGCCCCCCAGCAGACCGCUGGAGCAUCCUCUGGAAACAGGCCAGAGGUGGGCAAGCAAGCCUGUGCCUCACCUGCCCCGGACCAAGGCCGUCACCCCGAUCCUACCCGCGCCAGGACCAAGUCAAACAGCACACCCCACAGAGGGCCAUGAACCAGCCAUUUAAUAGGAACUCACGAAGGCAGAAGCUCCAGGGCUGCCUACCUCGCCCCUCCACUAAAUCCAGACCUAUAUUGGCCAGGGGCCAUGUGUGCAGCCAGGGACACCAGACCCAGCUGGAAGGUGCUUCAAAAGGGAAAGGCAUGGCUAAAAGAAAACGGGGACAGGGUCCCCAAAGCAAAGUCUUUACAAAAGGGGGCUCUCCUCUCCCCAAAACCAAAGUGUCACAUAAGUUCAAAAUAAAAUAUAAAGUAAAAAUGCUGCAUUAGAAAAGUUUACAAUGUUGAGCCUUUAAAAUAGGGAGACUGGCCCUAAAGUGUCAACCACCCAUGAAAAGUCCAUGAAGUGUGGCCUCUACCUAAAAUAUUAUGUAAGUGUUGCAUUGAAAAAGUAAAAAAUUCAAGAUGG